CAAACCUGUCAUGCAUCUACAAUUGUCAUUGGUUGUUUCAACUUCCAUUUCUUCUCAAUUUGAACAUUCUUCCUUCUUAACCUCACACACUCAUCACCCAAACAACAAUCAAAUCCACACAAUGGUAUCUUGCUUGAAGCCACAAACCAGCAAUGAAGAUGAUUCUGUCAUACUUUUUUCAACUUCUAAUUCUUCCAUUAGUCCUUCUUCAUCUUCUUUCCACCAUUCACCACCACAUUCUUCAUACAAACUUUCCAUCAAAAACCUCACCUAUACUCUGCACCCUUAUAAAACCAUUAUCCCUUUUUCAUUUUCUCACUUGACUCAAAAACCACAUCCUAUAAAUAUACUCAAAUCUGUCUCUUUUGUUGCUCGAACAUCCGAGAUUGUUGCGGUUGUUGGUCCUAGUGGCACCGGAAAAUCAACCCUUUUACGAAUAAUCGCGGGGCGAGUUAAAGACAAAGAUUUCAAUCCAAAAACUAUAUCAAUCAAUGAUCAACCUAUGAGUACUCCAUCUCAUUUAAGAAAAAUUUGUGGCUUUGUUUCCCAAGAAGAUAACUUGCUUCCACUUCUAACAGUGAAAGAAACAUUGCUUUUUAGUGCAAAGUUUAGAUUAAAAGAAAUGACACCAAAAGAAAGAGAAUUGAGAGUAGAAAAUUUAAUGCAUGAGUUAGGACUUUUUCAUGUUCAAGAUAGUUUUGUUGGUGAUGAAGAAAAUAGAGGAGUUUCUGGUGGUGAAAGAAAAAGAGUAUCAAUUGGUGUUGAUAUGAUUCAUAAUCCACCAAUUUUAGUCUUAGAUGAACCAACUUCAGGACUUGAUAGUACUUCAGCUCUUCAUGUGAUUGAGCUUUUGUCAUCAAUGGCUAAAUCAAAACAAAGGAUAGUGAUCCUUUCAAUUCAUCAACCUAGCUAUAGAAUAUUGCAAUAUAUUUCUAAGUUCUUAAUCCUUUCUCAUGGUUCACUUGUUCACAAUGGUAAUUUGGAAUCACUAGAGAGAACCAUAUCCAAUUUAGGAUUUCACAUUCCAUUACAACUUAAUCCUCUUGAAUUUUCAAUGGAAAUUAUACAAAGUUUAGAAGAUUCUCGUAGUUCCGUCGCAGUCGUCGACGAAAAUGAAACUUGUUUCCCAAGUUUCAUGUGGCAAGAAGAAGAAAAGGGUUAUGAAAAGGAAAUUUUUGAAAAUGAUUUUUAUGUGAACAUGAUGGAAAUACUAUUUUUAUGUUCAAGAUUUUGGAAGAUUAUUUAUAGAACAAAACAACUUUUCUUAGCAAGAACAAUGCAAGCAUUAGUUGGUGGAUUUGGUUUAGCAAGUGUUUAUAUAAAAGUAAGAAAAGAUGAAGAUGGAAUUGCAGAAAGAUUAGGUCUUUUUGCAUUUAGUUUAAGUUUUCUUUUAUCUUCAACAGUUGAAGCACUUCCAAUAUAUCUUCAAGAAAGAACUGUUCUUAUGAAAGAAUCAUCAAGAGGAGCUUAUAGAAUCUCUUCUUACAUGAUAGCAAACACUUUUGUUUUUCUUCCUUUUUUGUUUGUUGUUUCAACACUUUUUGCAGUUCCUGUUUAUUGGAUUGUAGGACUUAAUCCUACAAUCACUUCCUUCAUUUUUUUCACUUUUGUGGUUUGGCUUAUUGUGCUCAUGGCAAGUUCUUUAGUACUUUUCUUAAGUUCUGUGUCUCCUGAUUUCAUUUCAGGAAAUUCUCUAAUCUGCACUGUUCUUGGAGCUUUCUUUUUGUUUUCUGGUUAUUUUAUACCAAAAGAGAGUAUUCCAAAAUAUUGGCUUUUUAUGUAUUAUGUGUCACUUUAUAGGUACCCUUUGGAUGCAUUGCUAACAAAUGAGUAUUGGAAUGUUGGAACUGAGUGUUUCUCAUUCUCAAAAGGGUCUAAUUCAUCAAAGUGUUUGAUUACUGGAUUUGAUGUGUUGAAGAGUAGAGGGAUUGAAAAGGAUAAUAGGUGGAUGAAUGUUGGAAUAAUGGUUGGAUUCUUUGUGUUCUAUCGUUUGCUUUGUUGGGUUAUACUUGCUAGAAAAGCAUCCAAGACAACAAUAUAAUUAGAAGUCCCAGCCCAACUGACAAAAAAAUGUUGAAAUUGUUAGGCAGGACGUUAUGAUCGGAGUUCAAACUCCGACUCCUUCACUUAUGUGUAUGAGUUUAUAAUAGUUUUGUCUUUUGUCUAUGUAAAAAAAAAAAAAGAAAUCAAUUUCAAGUUCUUUAGGCUAUUUGUUUGUAUGAGUCAAUAUUUUUAGAUAUUUCAAAAUAGGUCUUUGCUACAUAAAAACAAUCAAUUUCAAGUUCUUUAAGAUAUUGUUUGUAUGAUAUGAUAUUCUAAAGAUAUAUAAUAUUUUAUUU